AGCCCUCGUCGGGCAGAACAGCUGGCGCACGUUUUCCUUUUUACAUUUAAACCGUAGCAAUGUCGGAGCGGAGUCUUGAGUCCAAGCCAAAUAUUUUAAUUACCGGCACACCUGGUGCUGGUAAAUCAUAUUUGUGCGAGCGAUUAUCUACGCAUUUAAAAUUUAAUUGGCUGGAUUGCUCCAAAAUAGCAAAGGAUCACAAUUUUAUUGAAGAAUUUGAUGCGGAAUAUGAGUGCCCCAUUCUUGAUGAGGAAAAGCUUAUGGACCAUCUGGAACCGCUGAUGGCCGAAGGCGGAAACAUUGUGGAAUAUCACGGUUGUGAUUUCUUUCCCGAGCGCUGGUUUCAGGCCGUUUUCGUUGUGACCUGCCCCAAUAAAACGCUCUACGAUAGAUUGAAAGGCCGUGGGUACAAUGCAAAGAAGCUUGAGUCCAAUAUUCAGUGUGAGAUUUUUGGAACAAUUCUGGAAGAAGCGCGCGACUCCUAUAAGGCAGAUAUUGUAUACGAACUUUACGGCGAAACAAAAGCUGAUGCCGAUAAAAGUCUGAAAAUCGUUAAAAAUUGGUACAGCAUGUGGAAACGAAAAUAAAAUAUCUGAGUACAUACAUACAUACAUACAUACAAAUACAUAUAUAUGUACGAUGUAAUGAGAAUGUGAAACAA